CGAGAGAGCCGCCCCGGGGAAGGGGGCUCUGCAACCGCCGCCCCGGCCGGCAGGUAUAUGGAGAGGAGCUCGCUGCUGCAGCUCAUCCAGGAGCAGCUUGACCCCGAAAACACCGGAUUCAUCGGCGUGGAGACCUUUGCCAGCCUGGUGCACAGCCAUGAACUGCCUCUGGACCCUGCCAAGCUGGAGAUGCUGGUGGCGCUGGCUCACAGCAAUGAGGAGGGACAGAUCUGCUAUCAGGAACUGGUAGACCUGAUCAGCAGCAAGAGGUCGAGCAGCUUCAAGCGGGCUAUAGCCAACGGGCAGAGGGCACUGCCCCGCGAUGGUCUCCUGGACGAGACCGGCCUGGGCUUCUACAAGCGCUUCGUGCGCUACGUGGCCUACGAGAUCCUGCCCUGCGAGAUGGACCGGCGGUGGUACUUCUACCAGCACCGCACCUGCCCUCCACCUGUCUUCAUGGCCGUCGUCACCCUGACCCAGAUCAUCGUUUUCCUCUGCUAUGGGGCUCGCCUGAACAAAUGGGUGCUGCAGACUUACCACCCGGAGUACAUGAAGAGCCCCUUGGUGUAUCACCCAGGACACCGAGCCCGUGCCUGGCGGUUUCUCACCUACAUGUUCAUGCACGUGGGGUUGGAACAGCUGGGCUUCAACGCCCUCCUUCAGCUCAUGAUCGGGAUCCCCCUGGAGAUGGUCCACGGCAUCCUUCGCAUCAGCUUCCUCUACCUGGCGGGAGUCCUGGCAGGUUCCUUGACGGUCUCCAUCACGGACAUGCGAGCCCCUUUGGUCGGAGGCUCGGGGGGCGUCUAUGCUCUGUGCUCUGCCCACCUGGCCAACGUUGUCAUGAACUGGGCGGGGAUGCGGUGCCCAUACAAACUGCUCCGGAUGGUCUUGGCAUUGGUGUGUAUGAGUUCUGAGGUGGGUCGGGCUGUCUGGCUGCGCUUCUCCCCACCGUUGCCCUCGUCGGGCCCCCAGCCCAGCUUCAUGGCCCACCUGGCAGGGGCGAUCGUUGGCAUCAGCAUGGGCUUGACCAUCCUCCGCAGCUACGAGGAGAACCUGCAGGACCAGUGCAGCUGGUGGGUGGUCCUCCUCUCCUACGCCACCUUUUUGGUCUUCGCCAUCUUCUGGAACAUCUUCGCCUAUGACCUCCUCGGGGCACAAAUCCCGCCUCCCCCUUAGGCCCCGCCCCCGGUCCUUUCUUCAGCACCCACCCCGGAAGUGCCAUUAAAACCCCCCACAGACGUCAUGGGGGUCGGCCUGGAGCCGCGAGCGCAGGAGCCCAGAAGAAACACCGCCGGCGCUUCCCCGACUGCCGGCCAGACGCCAAAAGCAGACCCCGCGAGGCUCCCGCCAGGAAGCACAAUGGCGGCGUGGAUGCACAGCAUUCCAGAUCCAAAAGGCGGCCCGCUUCCCUCCCUCUCUCCCGAAUCCCCUUACGCCAGUCUUCACCGGCGUCUGCAAAACGGAUGCUUGGCUUUCCCCAGAAAAAAAAUUCCCUUGCGAGUAUGUGUGCAGUUAUAUUUCCUUAUUGGCAAGAAGGUUCCGGUUUUCCCUUCGAUAUCGAUGUUAUCUCUCCUUCCGUUUGAGGCAGUGAGCUACAAUCCACAGCCCAGCCCGAAUAG